AUGCCGGCCCUCCCAGAAGAGCCUCUGUUGGCCCCAAACCCCGACCGCUUCUGUAUGUUCCCAAUUCAGUACCCACAGAUUUGGGAAAUGUACAAGAAGGCCGUAGCUUCCUUCUGGACAGCUGAGGAAGUCGACCUUUCUCAGGACCUUCGCGAUUGGGAAACCCUUUCCUCCGGCGAGCGUCAUUUCAUCACCCACGUCCUCGCCUUCUUCGCCGCCUCCGACGGCAUCGUUCUCGAGAACUUGGCUGGCAGGUUCAUGAAAGAAGUCCAGGUCUCCGAGGCCCGGGCCUUUUAUGGCUUCCAGAUUGCUAUCGAGAAUAUUCACUCCGAGAUGUACAGUCUUCUUCUGGAAUCCUACAUCAAGGAUGUGGACGAAAAGAAUCGCCUCUUCCGGGCGAUUGACACCAUUCCUUGCGUCGAGAAGAAGGCCAAGUGGGCCCUUCGCUGGAUUGACGGCUCCGAGUCCUUUGCGGAGCGUCUCUUGGCCUUCGCCUGCGUGGAGGGAAUCUUCUUCUCCGGCAGUUUCUGCGCCAUCUUCUGGCUGAAAAAGCGCGGGUUGAUGCCGGGUCUGACUUUCUCCAACGAGUUAAUCUCCCGAGACGAGGGCCUCCACUGCGAUUUUGCGUGCCUGCUCUACGGAUUGCUGCGGAUGAAGGUGAGCGAAGAACGGGUGAAGGGAAUUGUGAAGGAUGCGGUGGAGAUCGAGCGGGAGUUUGUUUGCGACGCGCUGCCGUGCGCGCUGGUGGGAAUGAACGGGGAAUUAAUGAGUCAGUAUAUAGAAUUCGUGGCGGAUCGGUUACUCGGGGCGUUGGGUUAUGGGAAACUGUAUAAUGCUUCCAACCCGUUUGACUGGAUGGAGCUUAUUAGUUUGCAAGGCAAGACCAAUUUCUUCGAGAAACGAGUUGGGGAGUACCAAAAGGCUUCGGUUAUGUCCAGUUUGAACGGAAAUGAGGCCACCCACGUCUUCAAAUUAGACGCAGAUUUCUGA